AUGGAAACUUGGAAAAAUGUUCACAAGGAGGCGAGGGGAUCCAGGCUUGAGGAGGAUUGGUUGAGGUUUAAGAUCUUGAAGAGAGAAAUCAAACGAGAAAUAUGUCAUGCUGAACUUGCUCAACUGCAUAGGUUGCCCGAUAUCCCUCUGGUAAGCACUAUCUCUCCACUGCCUGAUUCAGAUUUAUUCACAUUUCAAGAAGUUUCCUGACCCAAAGUAUGUGAGAUCGUUAUGGCAAUGCCACCUAGUAAAGCUCCCGGGUAUGACAAGGGGCACUCUCGGUUGUGAAAGAUUGUCUUCCACAUAUUUUACCAAUCUUGACGGACCUGAUUAAUUCCUCAUUUACUAAUUCUGUAUUCCUGCAUGCCUGGAAAAAGGCGGAAGUUAUCCCUCAUCCCAAAGAUGGAGACCAAGAGGUAGCAGAUAAUAACCACCCUAUCUCGCUUCUCCCUGUUCUCUCUAAGGUUGCAGAGAAGAUUGCUCUUGGCCAAUUUAACAACUACCUGACACGAAAUAACAGAUUGGCUCAACAUGAAAGUGGUAAUCGGAAAUUCCACUUGACUGAGACAUUAGGUCUGGCAGUGGUAGACAACAUCUUAAGGGUUUGGAUGAGAAGAAGCCGAUGGCAAUGGUCACGAUAGAUCUUAGCAAAGCCUUUGACAGCAUAAGUCACAACAUCCUGUUGCAAAAACUUUGUGUUUUGGUACAUCAAAGCAAGCGUGUAUGUGGUUUAAGAGCUAUGUAACCAAUCGUCAGCAAUGCACUAGAGUUGGAACCUCAACAUCAGAUCCUCUUGCUGUCACAUACGGCGUUUUGCAAGGGUCUAUUUUAGGACCAAUGCUUUUCAGUCUAUACCUGAAUGACUUACCAACAGUGGUAAAGCACAGCAACGCAGAGUCAUACAUGGACGACACAAAGCUAUAUCUCUCAUUCCCCGAGGGAUAUAAAUAAUUCUAUAGAACAGCUGGUCAUCUAUCGAAAAGCAGCUACUUUUGCAAGAUGCUACCCCGAUGUAUAAGAUUAUAAAUGGCUUCCCUCCUUCGUACCUUAGAAUUAGGCUUCAGAAACGACAAUAGGUGCACAUGUAUAAUACAAGACAUAAAGAUCACUUAGACACACUCACAUGUAGGACAGCCACUGUGCAACAAUCUUUUUUCUACCGCGAUGUGAAUUUCUGGAACUUACUUAGUUCGAAGAGACAUAAUAGCCAAACAUUGCCCAGCUGGCACACGACGUCGAAAUGAAGUCGAGACGUCGAUCGACUAAAUAUUGACGUCGUUUCGACGUCACCUUCACGACGAAUUAUAGACGUCGUAAAAUCAACGUUGUUUCGACGUCGCUCUGAUAACGAGUUAUCGAUGUUGCAAAAACGACGUUGUUUCGACGUCAUUCUGACGUCGUAGUGGCGACGUCGCAUAUAUAUCAUGCGCGCAGUGAUCUCAGUGAUCGAAGUCAAAUUAAUAUACUCUAUAAAUACUAUUGUGUGAAGCCAAGAUCGCAGCAAAAGAGAUGAUCUCUUGUCGCUAUAUAAUAAAGAAUGAACGAGGUUUUCCGAUCGAUAUUUUUCAUUUUUGUACGUACCGAUUAAUGAAGAUUCAUUUUUAGAGGUAAAUACCCUAAUUAAAAAAGCUAAAAACUAAAGGAUAGAUUGAUACAAGUGCAGUCCGAUAUAUCCACACUAAUUGUGUUUAUCAAACCCUCUGGCUCAGAAGUCAGAUGAUGUAAUUAUUAAAUUAUAGGCUAGUGCUUCUGAAAUUUGCUUAUUCAGAACAGCCAAAGUAUUAAAAGCCGGACAUAUAAAUUAUAUAUAGUCGGCUGAGAAAUUGUUAGAUUUUUAAAUGAAAUAUAUUCAGUGAAUUUCCGCGUAUAUAGUGGCCUCAGUCAUAGACGGGCUUGAAUUUCCGCCAUCUUCGACUUCAAACACACAGCAUGCAGGAGUUAUCGUUCCAGUUUUAUACUUAUAGACAGACCACAUUUUUCCCCCUUUCGAUAAUUGCCAAUUGUGAAUUGGCCCGUUAGCCAUUACAACAUUAUUUGUAAUAAUUUGACAACAUUGUAUACAGGCAAACUGACUAUAUAAUAAUUCUGGAUGCAACUCACACUGAUUUUACAGUACGAUUGAAUAUGACAUUAUUGGAUACGCUCGUUGAUAUUUCUCAAAUUUUCACUGGUAGCCUGAAAUUUCAGGCGUUCUAAGGUUCGAUAAAAAUAUACAUUGUUUUACUUAGCAACGAAGCAACGGAAAAUUUUGAAAUGAAGAUUAUAAUUGUGAAUUUUUAAUAGUCAUUGCAUACAUGAUCGAAGGUCAUUUCCAAAAUUAAACGAGAUAAUGGAGAUAUGGCCAUAAUUUAUUACAAGGAUCACACUUUAUAUCCCAACGCUUAUCCUUCUGUCUUCCACGAGGUCCGCCAAAUAUAUUUAUCCAAUCGCAAAGCCAGAUUAGGUGAAUAAAUUUGACUGAUAAUUACCUAUGUCGAAAUAAGAUGCGGAAGCGACUUUGUGACAACGUCACAGAUUCGUUUAACGUCAUCGUGAAACACGGGUGAAACGCUGUUUAUUGUGAAUUGUGAAACGCUGUUUAUUGUGAAUUUGUGAUCAGGGAUUUAUUUGAAGCCGAAUCAACCAACAUCAUCUGCGGGAAAUGGUAUGUUUUAUACGAAUUUUAGUGUUUGUAGAAGUAUAUAUUUCUCCAUUUCCCUCUUCACAACAUUUGUUGAAAUUUGGAAUAUGUUUCGAAUUACAUGAUAUGUUAUAUAUUUUUUACCGCGCUGGUAUAUAGGCUAGGAAAUGCACCUACCAGAAAAAUACAAACAGAUCUUCCCUCGAAAGGUUCUGUUUCAUUUAUAUAUAUAUUUCUGGUAGUUGUAUCUCUUACACGAUGCUGUUGUAAUUUUGUUGUAUAAAUAUAAAAUACGCCGUGGAUAUUCGUCCGACACCGGAACUCAAUGUCUGAUGGCUAUUUAUCCGACAUAUUAAAUAUCAACUAAAAAUGCUGCAGCAGUCUAGCGCAAAUAGAUUUGGCACACACUGGCAGUGCAUGCUGUUGAUAUUCAAAAUUAUGCGAGCGACGGAGUCGAGAAUACUAUUUCCAAAGAAAUAUUAACCAACAUGAAGCUUCAAAGCGAAAAUCUAUCUUAUGAAUGGUUUUGAAAGUUUGUAAAUGAAAAGGCGUAAUUUUUACUUAUGAAACAAAAUGCACCUCGUGUAAACGUUCUGUGGCGCUAGAUAGCCCAAAAAUCAGUGGUAAUAAAUUUCUAUUCAAUAAAAACUAUUUUUUUCUCUGUGUGUCUGCUUGGAUACAGAGCAUAUCAAAACUACUACUCAGUUCCUGACUGCAUUGUUUACAAAUACGUGUGUAUUUAUUCAAAAUAUACAAAAAAUUUUUAUUCAACAGAAAUUUUUUGCCAGUUAUUUUUGGGCUACCAGUAGGAUGUGGCUUGGUUAUAUGCUGCUGUUAGGUUGAGCGACAUCAGAUUUCACUACUUCGUUGUGAAUUUGGCACUUAAAACUAUGAUAGUAUAACAUAUUUAAACAAAAACUUCAAAUAUAAAAGUUGUAAGAGCAGACAAGACUGGAAAACACCAUAAAUUGAUGUCACUCCGAUAUGAAUCCGGUAUCGUGUAACUGGGGCUUGAGUGGCAAAUUUUUUGGCUAGGCCAGUUUGAACGCUGUGCUCGAUAUCAAACACAUGCUUGGUCUGCUUGUCCAUGUUCCAACCGAGCUAUCUGUUCAAGUCGAUUCAAAUCUGUCAUAUUUUGCAACUCAAUCUAUUUGAUAUUUGUAUAUCUUUUGUGAACUAAUGUUGACAGCAGUGCUUAAGGUCUAGAAUUUUAAAUUUAUUUGUGUUAGUGUGAGUGUGUGCACACAGUGCACUAGUCAGUAUGAAAAAUUGUUUGACCAAAAUAUAGACAACUAGGCUGAGGCCUAAAAAAUACCUGUGGUUCCAGUUUCAUAUUGUGAAAAUAUUAGGGUAGGCAGGUCGGAAAUAAUUUUUUGCUGAGUGAUAUUUAGUGCUGACAUCAAUAUUAACUGGAGAUAAUGUCAUAUUUGCUAUGGGUGAAUUUAGGCAUCUUGGUUCAAUAAUAAUUGUGACAACAGAUGCCAUUUUUGCACACCUUAUGACAAGCUUACAACCACCCGGAGAAAAUGGGGUUGCAUGUCAAUACGUCUGAAAAAUGCUAGGGUGGCCAGAAAAAAAUAGGGUUGGUUGGGAAACUGGAACCACAGGUCUUUUUAGGCCUGAGUUGUGAAAUAUCCCACACUCGAACCAACUUGACCUCAGAGCUUAGUUGGUAGAACAUUAAUUGGACUAGCAAACCAUAAACCACUGGAUAAAGCUUCUAUAGAUGUCAAAAGUGAAGCCUAAUUAUAUAUGUGAAAUGUCUUCUGGGGACCACAGUAUGAUACAAAUUACUAUCAGGGGUGUAGAAAUGUAUGGCUUGCAAACAUGACUUAAGGUAAAUUUUGUCAAAUUUGAGAUACCGUAAACCUCCAACUAUAAGCCCCCGCCCCCAAAUAUACUGGUAAGCCACCCCAUGUAUAAGCCAUAGAAAUAAUAGCCCACCACAUGUACUAACGCUCACCUCAUUCUGAAUAUAAGUAGCCUGCGAAAAAAAAAUGGCUUGAGAUUUUACAGUGUAAUAUAUCAAGUUGUACUUUUAGUUAUUACAAAUCAAUCUGCAUGUGUGUCUGUGGACACAGUAAGUUUAAAGUUGUAUAUUACCCGCUAACAUACUAAUUCAGUUGUUUGGAAUUGCUACGUGCUGCAACCCAUAAUAUAUACAUAAUAAUAUAACUUACUGAAAUUUAUGGCUUUGGUGAGACAUAGACAUAUAUGAUAUACCAUGGACAUUAGACAUAAUUUAAUAAUAUGUUUAUACUUCAAAUUUUGCCACAAAAAGUGGAAUUAAACAUGGAUGCAUGUGAUAAUAGUGUAAACAAAGUGACAAGUAAAUUACUGUACAUUUUACUGCUGCAUACUUAUAAAUAUUAAAUGGUCAGUAACAUUGUAAAACAAGCUUAAUACACACAAUAUGCACUGAAUAUUAUCAGAAUAAUUCUCAAUAUGACUGACUUGUUUAUCACUAACACAAUAAAAUAAACACUGGUAAGUUGGCACUGUAGCCCUAACAUGAAGUUUUGCCGCCGCUAUACCUACUACAGUUUUACACAACGAAUAUAAUCAAAUAGAAUUUACAGUUUGGAGUGACACUGUACUUUAUUGUGUGAAUAACUAUAGAACAAUAACUUGGCAUUCAGAAUAUCUAAAGUUGUGAAUUGCAUAGCAAGAAUGUAACAGCGUAUCUACAAUACAUAUUGUAGUAACAGCUGUCCUGAGAGCUUUCAAAUACCAUUUGCCAGUACGGCCAGGGGCACUGUUAAACCCCCUCGAUCAAUUAUGUUAAACCCCCUCGAUCAAUUAUUAGUAGACCCUAUUUACAGAAAAAACUUGUUGAUUAGUAUAAAUUAUAUCAUUUGUAUGCCCCAAGGGGUUUAUCUGGCCUUAAAGCCAACCUCAAGGAAACUGGAAACCAGUUAAGCAAAUUUAUUGCAACUCAACAAUUUGACCCUUCAAUUUUCUUUAAUGCCCCCCUCCUAGUCAUUUAUUUAUACCCAUGGCCCAACCUUAUUUUUGCCAAGAAAAAUAUGUGCACUUCAUAGAACAAUUAUAACAAUUUAUUGCAAUUUAUAACAAAAAAAUGUACAAAAUCAAUUAAAUUAAUACUAACUAUGCUCCUGAGUAUUAAGCAGCCAUCUUGAAUCCAGUGACUUAUAGUAAUGGCGUAAUUUUUAACAAGAAAUAUAUGUCAUUUUGUGCCAGAAAGUGCCCCAGCGACUAAUGAGUUUCGCUCAGUGACCCCCUGAAGUCAUUGUUCAAGUUGCAUAUAUAGUUAGGCUUCACUAUUAGAUCAGUGGUGUCAGCACUCUCUUCUUGAUGAGUAAAAUCGUCUGCCAUUAGACAGAAUAAAAUUAUAAAGUACAGGGUGCAUGCAUUGCCACUUAAAGGGUUAAAUUUUGGCUGGUGAUAUUAAGUUGCAGCAAAAACCAUUAACCAGCCAGUUUAAUUAAUUAAUGAUUUUACAUUGGCAUUUCCUGAGACAAAGUAUAUUUUGCUUUUAUAGCAAAAACUUAGGAAAAAUUACAGAACGUUUACAUCUGAAAUACAUGAACUGGCUUUAGGAAAUAACAGUGGUGAAGAGUCCGUUUGCUUGCAGCAUGAUGAUAGCCCUGUUUAGCACAGUGACUUAUGUGAAUCCCAGAAUUCGAACAGUGAUCAAUCUGAGAUUGUUCACUCUGAUGAACUAGAUUUAGUAGUUGAUUCAUCUGAUUCAAACGAAAGUAAGGUUGAUGAUGAUUCUCCAGACCCACUCCCUUCCACUGACGAAACUUUGAGAAGCAAACUGGCUACGAGGGCUACCAAAAACAGAUGUCAACGAGAUGCCGUGAAUCAGCUGCUUCAAAUAUUAAAUACACAUGGCCAUAGCCUUCCAAAGGAUAGCCGUACACUUUGUAAGACUCCUAGGCACAUACCCACGCAGCUGAAAUGUGGUGGUCAGUACAUUUACUUUGGAAUUGAAGCUGGAGUCGUUCACAUUUUAUCAUCAAACUGUUCUGCGGCAGCUAAAUUAACUGCUGUUGAUUUGAUCUGUAAUGUUGAUGGUCUUCCCCUCUUUAAAUCUACAAAUCAGCAGUUUUCGCCAAUUUUAGGUCAUUUUAACAACUUUGAGGUUUUUGUAAUAGCCUUAUUUUAUGGAAAUACCAAGCCCGAUUCUGUGGAAGAGUACUUAAAAGAUUUCAUUGAAGAAGUAAACAAACAAAAUGAUGCGGGAAUUAACCAUGACGGGACAAACUACAAAUUUAGUGUGAAAUGUUUCUGUUGCGAUGCUCCAGCUCGUUGUUUGCUCAAAUGCGUUAUUGGCCACACUGGCUAUUUUGCCUGUGAACGAUGCACAGUUGAGGGUACAUGGAAUGGGAGGGUUGUUUUUAACCUAGACAAUAACGAUGACCUGCGAACUGAUGAACUUUUCUCUUCCUGUUCCUAUGAAAGGCAUCAGAAGGGGCCCAGUCCUCUCCUGUUGUGCGGUGUUUCGUGCAUUCAGCAAUUCAGCCUAGAUUAUAUGCAUAUGGUUUGUCUUGGUGUCACAAAGCGUAUUCUUCACUACUUGAAGAAAGGACCGCGUAUAUGUAAGUUGUCUUCGCAGCAGUUUGCACAAAUAUCAGAUAAUUUGAAAGCUUUACAAGGAGCAAUGCCCAGUGAGUUUGCCAGACAACCAAGGUCACUUGAUGAAUUAGAAAGUGGAAAGCCACUGAAUUUCAUCAGUUCCUUCUUUACACUGGGCCAAUUGUAUUAAAGAAUGUUGUCUCAAAGGAUCUUUAUCGGCAUUUUCUUUGUCUGUCCGUUGCAAUUUCCAUUCUGUUAGAUUCUGACGACAGUAAGCGAACUUCAUAUAUAGAAUUUGCUCAGGAUCUUCUGCACUACUUUGUAGCAAACGCCAAGAAUGUUUACGGAGAAACUUUCACCAUAUACAAUGUUCAUGGUUUGAAGCACCUGUCCAAUGACGUUAGAUAUUUCAAGUGCUCUUUAAACGAGAUUUCAUAUUUUCCAUUUGAAAACUACAUGCAGCAGCUUAAGAAGUGUGUGAGAAAUGGGCAGAAUCCAAUUAUCCAGGUAGCUAAACGAUUAGGUGAAGUCAGGGAAUCUCGUGCAAAGCAACCAGUUGCAGCAAAUUUUUCCAAAGUGGGAACAGUCUCCGAUAACUUUAAGGACUGUUGCUUUCUACUGGAAGGUAACAGGUAUGCAUUUGUCCGGGAGAAAAGGAGUAAUGGCACAUUGGUAUGCGACGUUCUUUCCAAUCGUCAGGUGGAAAACUUCUACUCCAGCCCUGAAGAGUUGAAAGCCUUCAAUGUAGGUUAUGUUCGGGAUAUUCGCCACAAAGCAAAGCGUCUUCUGAUCGAGGCACCAGCAUUACAUCGCAAAGCAGUUUGCCUGCCCUUUAACACAGGAUAUGUGUUCUUUCCAUUGCAUCAUGAAGUGGAAAGAAGUUUGACUUUAUCCAUGCAUUUAUUACCGUUCUUUUAUUGCAUCUUUCAUUGCAUGUAAGUUAUGGUGUCCUCAUGAUCAAUGGUGCAAAGAGCAUCAGAUAAUAUUGUGAAGUAUUAUCUUAUGAAUGUUGCUUGACACAAAUCUUCGUCUUACUUAACACGAUUUUCGUUUUGUUUUUGUAGGACACCAUGACGUGGACAAGAGCUGUUUGGCAAGAAGAUGAUGUCCAAGAAGAAGGUGUUGUACCACAUGCUUGGAUCGAAGAUAAGACGGUGCGUUGGCCCAAGGGAAUAAACAUACUAAGGGCCUUUUAAUGAAAAGAGGAUACCUCAAGGUAAUUGGUUUAAAUUUCCAUUGGUCAAGAUCAAAGUUACCUCAGGUUUGUGCAUAACACAGUGUAAAGCGUGUACGGGGUAAUAUACAAUUGUUUGUAAACUACUGGAAUCUAUUAGAUAGUUUUUAUUGUCCGUGCCUAUCCAAUAUUAAUACAUGCAUAUGCAAAUAUCUUUAUAUAGGAGACAAAAGUGUAUGUGAAGAGUACAAAUUCACGACAAGUGCUGAAGCAAGCGGUGAUGAAAAUAUUCAACCCACUAAUCAUGCUGUACAACAACGUAGUAGCAGUAAUAAAAACUGUUCCCCAGGUUUGUUUACGUUAUAAAAGUAUAAAUAAACAAAAAUGGUUGAUAGUAUAGUAUAGUAUAUACUUGAACUUCCAUGGCAGCAUACACUGAAUUGCAGACGUUUUACAUUGUGAUUAGAUAGAUAAACCGGACUGACGUGAAGCGGACCGAGGUAGACUUUGAGCUUACAAAUGGCGCUUUAGCAGUCGCUAUUAGUCCAUACCCCAUUAAUGAUCUGCUUCCACACCUUAUGUGUCUAACCCACCCUGUCAAUUGUUUUGUAUGCCAGAUAUAUUCACCAAUUUUCUAGCUCCUCAAUUGAGUGUGCGCACAGUUAUCAUUUCCCGGACUGAUUUUAGAUGCUAAUGACUGUCUUGUCUAUAUAUUGUGCAUUUUACUAAAACCUACACUAUAUCUCGUUUUUUGCUAGGUUUUCCACCACCGCCAAGAUUCCAUCCUUCCCAUACUCUGGAAAAUGCCCGCAAUGCAAUUGACCGUCUGUCCAGAUCAAUUGCCUCACCCAACUCCCCUCCAUUGUCGACUCCAAAGCGAUCACAAAGUUUGUUACCUGAUGACGUGUGUGAAACGCAUUCUCAAAAACGGAGGAGAAGUCAACCUGAUGCACGUCAUAUUCCUUCGCCAGAGUCAUCGCAACGUAUCCAAAAAGACUCAACACAAAAAGAUGAUGCAAGAAGCAAGGAGCUUUCGUUGAGCUUAUUCCCAAUGUCUGAAGCGCGUAAGUUUAUGAUAUUUUAUUAA